GUUGCUGCUGCUGCUGCCGGGACGCGGCUGGGCGCGGGCGGCGGCUCGCGGAGGAGGGGACGGCGGCGGGGAACGCAGUAGACGCAGCCCGGCCAUGGACGAACAAGCAGGGCCCGGCGUUUUCUUCAGCAACAACAAUAAUAAUAAUGCCCUGCUUUUGCCGCCGCCGGCAGGCGGGCCGGGGCUGGAGCCGGGCGAAGCGGCAGCAGCAGCGGCCGCCGCAGCGGCAGCAGGAGGAGGCGGCGGCGGGGGGGUCUCAGCCUCCGGACCCCCUCCUCCAGUAUCGGCGUCUCGGGCUCAAUAUAGCGUGCCAGGCAUCCUGCAUUUCCUGCAGCACGAGUGGGGCCGCUUCGAGGCGGAGCGCGCCGAGUGGGAGGCGGAGCGGGCGGAGCUGCAGGCCCAGAUUGCCUUUCUUCAAGGUGAAAGGAAAGGACAAGAAAAUCUGAAGAAGGAUCUAGUGCGAAGAAUCAAAAUGCUGGAAUAUGCACUUAAACAGGAAAGGGCUAAAUAUCACAAAUUAAAAUAUGGCACAGAAUUGAAUCAGGGAGAUAUGAAGCCACCAAACUAUGAUUCUGAUGAAGGGAAUGAGACAGAAAUUCAACCACAACAGAACAGUCAGCUAAUUUGGAAACAAGGACGACAGCUGCUAAGACAGUAUCUACAAGAGGUGGGGUACACUGACACGAUACUGGAUGUGAAGUCAAAACGAGUGCGAGCUUUACUGGGCCUGUCAAGCGAUGCUUCAGAGAAGGAAAACAGAAAUCAAGAGCCCAUGGUAAAUGGCACAGAAGGCCAGAUUAAAGAAAACGCAAUGAUCGGGAAACCUGAAUUGACUGACUCUGCCUCUCUGCUAGAGACCUUCAAGUUUCUUGAAAAUGCAGCUGCAGACUUUAGUGAUGAAGAAGAUGAAGAAGAUAUGGAAGGAAGAGAGAAAACAAUCAUUGAUAGCGCAACAAUUGUAAGGAAAAGGGUGCUAUCUGAUAGCAGUGAGGACAGAGAUACAGAAGAAGCUUUGAAAGAGUUUGACUUUUUGGUUACCUCAGAUGAAGGUGAUGGGGAAUCACGAAGUUCGGGAGACGGAACAGACUGGGAAAAGGAAGACCAGUGUCUCAUGCCUGAAGCUUGGAAUGUCGACCAGGGAGUAAUAACCAAACUCAAGGAACAAUACAAAAAGGAGCGCAAGGGGAAAAAGGGGGUGAAGAGAAAAACUACCGAAGAUAUGUUUCAGCCUCAAUCCUAUAUAAAACAGUCAAAACAGGGAUGUGGGAAAAUGAUGGAGCAAAGUACAGGGCCCAACAGGUCAAAGCUGCAAGAUAUGCUUGCAAACUUGAGAGAUGUUGAUGAUCUGCCUUCAUUACAGCCAUCUGUUGCACCUUCUUCUAGGCCCAGUAGCUCAAGACUCAUUGAACAUGAGAUAACCAGGACAGAUGAAGUGGAAGCUUUAACGUUCCCUCCUUCUUCAGGGAAAUCUUUUAUUAUGGGAACAGACGAAGCCCUUGAGAAUGAGUUGGGUCUUGGGGAGCUGGCAGGCCUUACAGUAGCCAAUGAGGCGGAUUCACUGACGUAUGAUAUAGCAAACAAUAAAGAUGCAUUGAGAAAGACCUGGAACCCGAAAUUCACAUUAAGAAGUCACUUUGAUGGAAUAAGAGGUCUCGCUUUUCAUCCAGUUGAACCAGUCUUAAUAACAGCUUCAGAGGACCAUACAUUAAAAAUGUGGAAUUUACAAAAAACAGCCCCAGCAAAAAAGAGUGCUUCUCUUGAUGUAGAGCCAAUAUAUACCUUCAGAGCACAUACUGGACCAGUGCUCUGUGUGGUGAUGAGCAGUAAUGGUGAGCAGUGUUACAGUGGGGGAACAGAUGGCCUCAUCCAUGGCUGGAAUACAACCAAUCCAAACAUUGACCCCUAUGACUCUUAUGAUCCUUCUGUUCUGAGAGGUGCCUUUGUAGGCCAUACAGAUGCAGUGUGGAGUCUGGUUUACAGUGGAGCACACCAGCGUUUGCUGUCCUGUUCAGCGGACGGCACUAUACGUCUGUGGAAAGCUACAGAAAUUGCUCCAGCUCUCAAUAUAUUUAAUGAUAAUCAAGAAAUGGGAAUUCCUUUGUCGGUAGAUCUUGUGAGCAGUGACCCAAGCCUCAUGGUAGCAUCGUUUAACAGUGGAUACACUAGCAUUUUUAACAUGGAGACACAACAGCGAAUUCUUACCCUGGAGUCCAGUGUGGAUGCUACAAUCAGUUCCUCCUGUCAGAUAAACAGAGUCAUCAGCCAUCCAACUCUUCCAAUUAGUAUCACUGCUCAUGAAGACAGGCACAUCAAAUUCUAUGACAACAACACAGGAAAACUGAUCCACUCCAUGGUAGCUCACUUAGAUGCAGUUACAAGUUUAGCUGUUGAUCCUAAUGGCUUGUACUUGAUGUCUGGCAGUCAUGACUGUUCUAUUCGCUUGUGGAAUCUUGAAAGCAAGACCUGCAUCCAAGAAUUUACAGCUCAUCGCAAAAAAUUUGAUGAGUCCAUUCACGAUGUGGCAUUCCACCCCUCCAAAUGUUAUAUCGCCAGUGCGGGAGCAGAUGCCCUGGCUAAAGUGUUUGUAUGACAGAAUGCUUUCCUUUCAACUCUAGCUUUGUAUAUAUUUAACCAGCUGCACAAAAGAGAAGAGGAGCGUGUGGGUCUUCUUAUCCGGCCGUAUAAGUCAGAGAAUGUUUGUAAGCGUUUAGUUUUGCGGGGUGCUGUUUUCUAAAUUGACAUUUGUUCUGAUUUCUGUGAGCUCAGCUGGUGCUGAGAGCUUGGAAUCUCUCAGUUUCAAAUCGUUCAAAAACAAAAGAAGUGCUUUUAUUUCAGAGGGUGUGAAUUUUCGUCCAGGCAGGCCUUGGGUGAAACUAGGUUGAUGUAUUCUUUAUUAAUAAAACGGAGUACUGGAGAGAAAGGGGUCUAGUUGCAUCAGGGAGUAGGAAAAGAGGGAACUUCCUAGGAUGCUUCUCAUUGAGCAAUCUUAAUGUACUUAAAUCACGUGGAAAAUACCAGUUCACAUGCUCAUUACUUUGUCAUGUGAGAGGCACUUUGUCAUCCCUUUGGUCUUAAUAAAGUAGAUACUGUUCAGAGAGCAGUAGUGGAUAUUUAAUCUUGGCCAUCUGGCUGCUAGCCUAAGAUAAAUGCAAUUCAAAGAAGGUGAGUUAGUAACAAAUUAAAAUGCAGUAAAGUUUUUCUUACAUCUUCGGUGUUACGCAGUAAAUAUUUAAUUUGCAAAAAAUUUAUAUGCUUUUUUAAAGACUGUAUUAGCAUCUGGCUAGAAGCUGAGUCUUUAGUCUAGUCCCAAUUAACAGUAGACUGAAACAGUCUGUAUGUACUAUAGUAGCAGACUUAACUUAUUCAGAUUUAGAAUGCUGUUUAUUCUUGGAGAGCUGGCACAAGAAAUUACCACAACAUUUUCCAAAGAAACGGGCCUACAAUUUAACUAUCGAACAUUCAUCUCCUCUUUCUGUCACUGCAAAAAAGGGUAUCAUUCUGGGCAUUAAGGAUGACAGUGAAAUACUUCUUUUGAAGAUUAAAUCUUUACCUGAUGCUUUGUAUGAGUCCUGCUAGUGCAGUAGUUGGGAAGUAUACAAAGUUGUGUUGAUUUGGGAGAUUCUGCUACUUCUAGAGAUAUUUCGCAUCUUCACCAUUUGCAAGACUUCAACUUGUCCUCUUCACUGGAUGUAUCAU